AUGGCUCAUUCCGCGGACUCUGGGCGCCGAGAGAUGACCAACGGGGCCCACUCCAGCGGCCAGGCUGGGGGCUCCAACACCGCCACGCGCUACAUGCUCAAAAAGCAGCAGCGUCGGAGGAUGAGAUCGGCCUCCCCCAUGGGCAGAGUCAUCCUCAUCAACUCGCCAGUCGACGGUGGGGAUGACAGUGAGGACAUCCACACCAUAACAGUGGACAAGAGCGAGGACGGCCGGCUGGGCUUUAGUGUGCGAGGAGGCUCUGAGCAUGGCCUCGGGAUCUUCGUCAGUAAAGUGGAGGACGACAGCUCCGCAGAGCAGUCGGGCCUGUGUGUGGGGGACAAGCUGGUGGAGGUGAACGGCGUCAGCCUGGAGAGCAUCACCAUGAGCAGCGCCGUCAAGGUCCUCACCGGCAACAACCGGCUGCGCAUGGUGGUGCGCCGCGUGGGGAAGGUCCCAGGCAUCCGCUACUCCAAAGAGAAGACCACAUGGGUUGACCUGAUCCACCGGCGGAUGGUGGUUGAGGAGAGUGGACGGACUCCCUCGGAGGCCAGCUCAGACAGCGCCCUGCGACGGAUCAUCCACCUCUACACCACCUCCGACGACUACUGCUUGGGCUUCAACAUCCGCGGAGGGAAGGAGUUUGGCCUGGGCAUCUACGUGUCUAAGUUGGACCCAGGAGGUUUGGCGGAGCAGCAUGGCAUCAAAAUGGGUGAUCAGAUUUUGGCAGCCAACGGCGUGAGCUUCGAGGACAUCACCCACAGCAACGCAGUGGAGGUGCUGAAGAGCCACACUCACAUCAUGCUCACCAUCAAAGAGGCAGGAAGAUACCCGGCUUACAAAGAGAUGGUGGCAGAGUACAGCUGGCUGAAUAAAUUGGCCAAUGGUCUGGCUCCGUCCUCUCAGGGGUCGGACUCGUUCUCCUCGGCCUCCUCCCUGUCGUCCGGCACGCCCCUCUCCUCCCUGAGCGGCCUCUCCCAGGUCAUGUUCCCGCCGCUGAUGUCCGAGAUGGUGGAUGUGUGCAUCUCCACCGAGGACCGCUCCCGCCGGCCCAGCUCCGACCGCACCGAGAUGGCCAUCCAGACGGACCCGCCGGUGGCAGCAGCGGACAGGGUGGUCGCCGUGGAGACCAGCCGGACGCUCGGGGAGACGGUGCUUCUGAAGGACACGGUGAUCCGCAGCGGGAGCUUUGUUGGGCGUCCGGCCGAGCGCAGCCGGACGUACUCGGCGGGGGAGAAGGAGACGCUGGACUCGGCCAAGACGGCCGUGCUGGUGGCUCUGAGCAAGCCGCGCAGACCGCUACGCCGCUCCCAGAGCCACAUCACCGUGUCAGAGGAAGGGAAGAAGAAGAAGAGGCAGCAGCAGCAGCAGCAGAAGGAGAAGGCCCCGGGGGGAGGCUCCAGCACGCUGCAGCGCUCCAAGACCUUCGUCAGCCUGCUCUUCAGGAGCGGCCGCCGGCGGGAGAAGGAGCGCGAGAGGGAGGCCUCCAAGGAGAGGAGGGACGGAGGAGGCGCGGAGGGACGCAGGGGGAGGUCCAAAUCCCCCGCACGCUCGGAGAUGGAGAGGGGUAAGGAGCGUAAUCGCCUAAGCUUGCUGACCUCCCCUAAGGAGUCCCGCGCGGGGGUAAAGGGGCACUGCCCGCCGCCGGGCCCUGAGACGCUGGCCAUGGUGGAGGGCAUGGCCCACCGGCUGCUGAGCGAGGACGAGGCGGCCGCCAUCAUGAGGCACUGCCGACGGUAUGUCUCAGAGCGAGUGGUGGAGGACCUGGUGCGCCCCCUGCUGGCCAUUCUGGAUAGGCCGGAGAAGCUGCUGUUGCUCCGGGAGAUCAGAGCACUUGUUCCCCCCUCUGAUGCUGCUCUGUUUGACAGCAUGGUAGUGCCAUUUGAGCUGGAGGCCUACGAGAUCCUCAAGAGUCGCUCUGUGAGAUCACCUGCUCUGAGAUCCCCUCGGCCUGGAGGGACACCACGACGCCACCUCAUAACGCCCAUUCCAGACUACCGGGGUGGUUUCCAGCUGCAGCCAACGCAGGACGCCGAGCGCGAGCGCCACCUGCUGGACGAGCUGGAGCGCCUGCGUGUGUCCAGCCUCCAGACGGGCCGGCUGCCGCCGUCGCGCCCCUUCACCCCGCUGCUGGACGUCCCCGUGGACGCCUACGCCACGCCCACCUCCGUCCUGCGCUCGCGGACGCCCAGCCCCGCCCCGCCCAACUGGCUGCUCAGCGAGUCGCCCCGCAGCACCACCGCCCGACGCAGCCGCUCCCCCCAGAGGAGGGACAAUGGUUCGCCCCGCUCUCGAGAGCCCAGCGACAGGGGAGAGGUCACUUCCCGCGAGCGGGGGAGGUCGCCCUACCGGAACGGCAACGGCAGGAUGGACAGGGAGGAGGCGAUGACCGGUAACGGUAACGAGACGGAGGACACGAGGCAUGUGAGCGCCCCCUCUCACAGCAGACCCCCCCUGGCACAGGUGUUUGCCCCCCAGGGGGGCCUGCGACCCUCCGAUCGCUCCCCGUCCUCAGGUAGACUCGGUGGCGGGCACGUGAACGGCCACAUUCGCUACGUACAGAACGGACACCGCGACGGCAGCCCCCGGGUGCAGGAGUACGAGCUCACCACCGUGUCCAUAUCCAAGACCAAGCAGUCUCUGGGGAUCAGCAUCUCUGGUGGGAUGGAGUCUCGAGUGCAGCCCAUGGUGAAGAUUGAGAAGAUCUUUCCCGGCGGAGCUGCCUCCACCAGUCCAGUGCUGAAGGCUGGUUAUGAGCUGGUGUCGGUGGACGGGGAGUCCCUCCACGGCGUCUCCCACCAGCACGCAGUGGACGCCAUCCGGAGAGCGUUCAGCAACAAGGCCAAAGACCCCAUGCAGCUUGUGGUGAAGGUGCCCAAAAGCCCCCAGGACUGACCCGCUCGACCCAGCCCAGCCCCCGACAACCUCUCAUCGCCCGCUCAGAGAUGCAGGGUCUGGGUGAACACGGAGGCGGAGAGAGGAAGUCCGUCUCAGAAGGAGGUCAAGGACUUUGGUAUCGAUGACCCUAGGAGAGCCAGGCUGCCUUUACCUGUGUAAACUGUCCCUAAGAGAACAGGUGGGCAAGGGCUCCAUGGGCCAAGGUUAGAGAAC